AUGGAGCCGCACGACGUGUUUAUGAAAAACAGAGCGAAGUUCGACCAGGACCUUGCAGACCUCAUCUCCGCAGCUGCAGCUGCCUCCUCGACCGCCAAUACCCCAAACACAGUUCUCACAACCCCUUCGCCUCCAAGAGACCCGCGUUUGCGAAAGCCAGCCCUGCCGCAGGAGAAAACAACCAAGAGGAUCAAAUUGGAAGACAGUGUGCGAAAGGAUGCACUCGCACACGACAAUGUGCAUCCUUCUCGUCGCGUGCUGCUGAAAAUGCCACGGACCGCGACCGCGGCACCUGAUUCCGGUUUCGAUCACUCUUCCAGGGAAUCACCGCUUCGCGUCGACAUUGCACCUCUCCAACGUACCGGGUCCAACACAGUGCCGUUGGGUGCCACCCUCAAGCGGAGUUUCAGCAAGUCUACGGGAUCGACUGCAAGACAUAUUGGGUCAUAUGAACCUAAUUCAACCAGAUCAGACCACGUCAAUCUCGAUGCCGGGGACAAGAGUAGACUGAGUACGCGUCACGAUGUCGUAUGGCGGCAGUGGGACUCCGCCAAAGACGUAGGUCUUUCCUACGAGCAGCUAUUGCAAAAUCGCCGCACGGAGCACCUCAGCAGUAAGGUAGACCGCUACGUGCCUAUUUCAACGUCAGCCUCGUCUCACAGGAUUGCAUCAUUCCCAUACAGCAAAUUGCCCGAACAAAUACGCUCCAAGAUCCUCGCCCUACUACUUCUCAGCCAUGAGCCCAUUGUGAUCGACUUUACGUGGCUUCGGUCCUUCAUAACUGGUCACUGCCGUGUCCCGGUCAUCGAAAAGGUUUUCAAAGUCAGCGCAUCAUCUGUCUAUACUGUACCGAUUGAGUGGGAUCAGCUUGCGAAGGAUGUCAGCACCAUGGAAGUCGACUGUAUACCCUUCAAGCCCGCUUUAGAGGAUCGCGGAAACAAGACCAGAAAACGCAAGGCUCCCUGCCGUGGGCUGACAACAGGGCUAUUGACCGUAUCCAGAGAUGUCCAUAUCCAAGCAUCCACCGUCUUCUACGGGAAGAACAGGUUCCGCUUUCCAACGCCCAGCAGUGCUUGGCUGCAACUGGAAUCAUUCUUGGCUACCAUCGGACCAACCAACGCGGGAAAUAUUCGCAACAUCACCAUCCACUGCCCGCUUUGGCACCGUGGCAUUAAAGAGGAUUUUCUAGAAGGGGCAAUUUUAGAUCUCACUUCCCCAGCCUCGCGACUCGGUGUAGUCAAGUCAACCUCUCGAGACCGCCUCCUCACCGCCAUCGCUGGAUCAGUCGAAGCUCUUCUCAAAUCCGGAAAACUUGAAAACUUGGCUCUCGAUCUCGAGCAUGGUCUCAAUGCGGAGCGAUGGGCCGGCAAUUACAGCAACACCCGCCGGCUCAUUGCAAUGGCGGACGCGGACGAGCAUGUUUCACGUAAGCAAGAAGGCGUCCGGUUGCUCAAGAUCUUAAGCGAGAGCUUGCAUCCUUCACCCGUCGUGACGAUCUACCAUCAAACACCGGCAAUUGGUAAGCAUGAUCUCUCCGAGUUCCGUUCCAGACUGGCGAGAGUUAUCAGGGAGGCGGCCAAGUAUGGUUGGAAAGUGGAUCAAAGACUUCAAAUUCGGCGUUGGUAG